AUGACCAGUAUGGCAGAAUGGCUCGUGCAAAACAAGGACAAGAUCGAGAAGGCGGUGGAGAUUAUGGGACAGGCCUCUACGGUCCUGGCAGCCACUGUGGGCCAGCUCCAUCCCAUCCUGAAGGCCGUGUUUGUAGCCUCCUCUGAGAUCCUCAGCAACCCGGAAGGACAGGACGCCUGCUACCUGACUAAGCAGUUCAGCAUGGUCAACCGGAAACUGGAAGACAUCAAGGCUGAGAUCGAAAAAAUCGCCCUGGUGCUGAAGAAGUCCUCCUUGAAUAAGCAGAACUUUGACCGUGAGGCACAAAUGCUCAGCCAGUACGAGAAGUUCCAGGACUUUGUCAACGCCAAGCCCAAGUUCAAAGAGAAGAAGAUGGAGAAGUUCCUCAGCCAUUAUGAGAACACGGACACAGACUUGAACCUGGACGCCCUCUACAAUGCUGUUACUGGAGACAAUACCUCAGGUGACCAAAUGCUGGAGAAAGUGCUUGACACAGAACAAAGGAGUAGAAGGGCGGUAGAAGAUUUCUGUGCCAGGCUUAAGAAGCUCUUUGUGGUGGGCAUCAUUGCUGUCAUGGGUUACGCCAGCCUCAAGGAAGGGGUUGUGGGGGAUGAGAUGGUGAAGAAGUGGCAGGAGCGUUUGGAAGAUGUUGAGAACCGCAUGAAAGCAGCGGUGGACGAUUGCACUGAAAACUUCGCUGAUCAAGCCAAACUGGACAUGGAAAACAAGCUUCGGGAGAAACCUGGAAGUGUUGACCUUGACUUCACCAAAUCCAUAUUGGACACCCUUGUUAAGAAAUAUGACUGGGUGAGCUGGUGUAUCAUGGUCUUCAAUGACAAGGAGCGCAUUUUCUUUUUCAACUGGCUAGCUGGAAAGAAGUACCAUGGAAGUAGAGGAGGGGCUAAUUACUUUGAUGUGUUGACCAAGAACAACAUCAAAGUGGUGAUCUCUUUCAGUGUUCAGCCUAAGCCUAUCAACAAGGGUCAGAUCCAGCAAGAGAUUGAGGGGCAGAAACUGAAAGGGAACAUGAUAGAUGUGGCUCAGGUCCUCAGCGAAAGACUCCCCACCUGCCAGGUGCAUGCUGUCAGCUACUAUAAGAAAGUGGUGGAGACCAACAACUUCCAAGAGGAUUGUUACUACUAUGGACAACACCAAAAUGCGUACCUAUGCAUUCAUCCUAAUUAG